UACGGUUAUGUGUCUCUGCGUGUCACUUCUGUGCGACUGGUAUUUUUAUUUCCGGCGGGGUAGGCGGCAGUUUGGGAUUUGCUGUCGACUUAAACCGCCACUAGUAGCCUUCGCGCCAUUAUGUCCGAGACAGACAGCGAUGAAGAUUCUGCUGGAGGAGGCCCAUUUUCUUUAACCGGCUUCCUGUUCGGCAACAUCAAUGGAGCUGGGCAGCUGGAGGGGGAAAGCGUCUUGGACGAUGAGUGCAAGAAGCACCUGGCAGGCCUGGGUGCUUUGGGUCUGGGCAGCCUGAUCACUGAACUCACAGCAAAUGAAGAACUGACGGGGACUGAUGGUGCCUUGGUAAAUGAUAAAGGAUGGAUCAGGAGUACAGAAGAUGCUGUGGACUAUUCAGACAUCAACGAGGUAGCAGAAGAUGAAAGCCGAAGGUAUCAGCAGACAAUGGGAAGCAUGCAGCCUCUUUGCCACACAGAUUAUGACGAAGAUGACUAUGAUGCUGACUGUGAAGACAUUGAUUGCAAGUUGAUGCCUCCCCCACCUCCACCCCCAGGACCAAUAAAGAAAGAUAAAGACCAGGAUGCUAUUACUGGUGUGUCUGAAGAUGGAGAAGGCAUCAUCUUGCCCUCCAUCAUUGCCCCUUCCUCUUUGGCCUCAGAGAAAGUGGACUUCAGUAGUUCUUCUGACUCAGAAUCUGAGAUGGGACCUCAGGAAGCAACACAAACAGAAUCUGAAGAUGGAAAGCUGACCCUACCUUUGGCUGGGAUUAUGCAGCAUGAUGCCACCAAGUUGUUGCCAAGUGUUACAGAACUUUUUCCAGAAUUUCGGCCUGGAAAGGUAUUACGCUUCUUACGUCUUUUUGGACCAGGGAAGAAUGUCCCAUCUGUUUGGCGGAGUGCUCGGAGAAAGAGGAAGAAAAAACACCGUGAGCUGAUGCAAGAAGAGCAGGUCCAGGAGGUGGAGUGCUCAGUAGACUCAGAAGUCAACCAGAAGUCUUUAUGGAACUAUGACUACGCUCCUCCACCACCCCCAGAGCAAUGUCUCUCUGAUGAUGAAAUCACAAUGAUGGCUCCUGUGGAGUCCAAGUUUUCCCAAUUGACUGGAGAUACAGAUAAAGUGACAGAUACCAAACCAAGAGUGGCUGAGUGGCGUUAUGGGCCUGCCCGACUAUGGUACGAUAUGCUAGGUGUCCCUGAAGAUGGCAGUGGGUUUGACUAUGGCUUCAAACUGAGAAAGACUGAACAUGAACCUGUGGUAAAAUGCAGAAUGAUGGAGGAAUAUAAGAAACUUGAGGAAAGCAAUGGCACUGAUCUUCUGGCAGAUGAAAACUUCCUGAUGGUGACACAGCUACAUUGGGAGGAUGAUAUCAUUUGGGAUGGUGAAGAUGUCAAACACAAAGGGACAAAACCUCAGCGUGCGAGCCUGGCAGGCUGGCUUCCUUCCAGUAUGACUAGAAAUGCCAUGGCUUACAAUGUUCAACAAGGUUUUGCAGCCACUCUAGAUGAUGACAAACCUUGGUACUCCAUUUUUCCCAUCGAUAAUGAGGAUCUAGUGUAUGGACGUUGGGAGGACAAUAUCAUUUGGGAUGCUCAGGCCAUGCCCCGGCUGUUGGAACCUCCUGUUUUAACUCUUGAUCCCAAUGAUGAGAACCUCAUUUUGGAUUUCCUGUUUCAGCACUCAAUUCCUGCUGUGGAAUUACGACAACCCUUCUUUCCCACCCACAUGGGACCCAUCAAACUCCGGCAGUUCCAUCGCCCGCCUCUGAAAAAGUAUUCCUUUGGGGCACUAUCUCAGCCAGGUCCCCACUCAGUUCAACCUUUGCUAAAGCACAUCAAAAAGAAGGCCAAGAUGAGAGAACAAGAGAGGCAAGCUUCAGGUGGUGGAGAGAUGUUUUUUAUGCGCACACCUCAGGACCUCACAGGCAAAGAUGGAGAUCUUAUUCUUGCAGAAUACAGUGAGGAAAAUGGACCCUUAAUGAUGCAAGUUGGCAUGGCAACAAAGAUAAAAAACUAUUAUAAACGGAAACCUGGAAAAGAUCCUGGAGCCCCAGAUUGUAAAUAUGGAGAAACUGUUUACUGCCAUACAUCUCCUUUCCUGGGCUCUCUCCAUCCUGGACAGUUGCUACAGGCCUUUGAGAACAACCUUUUUCGUGCUCCAAUUUACCUUCAUAAGAUGCCAGAAACAGACUUUCUGAUCAUUCGGACAAGACAGGGUUACUAUAUUCGGGAAUUAGUGGAUAUAUUUGUGGUUGGCCAGCAGUGCCCCUUAUUUGAAGUUCCUGGGCCCAACUCCAAAAGAGCCAAUACACAUAUUCGAGACUUUCUACAGGUCUUUAUUUACCGCCUCUUUUGGAAGAGUAAAGAUCGACCAAGGCGGAUUCGAAUGGAAGAUAUAAAAAAAGCCUUUCCUUCACAUUCAGAAAGCAGCAUCCGGAAGAGGCUAAAGCUAUGCGCUGACUUCAAACGCACAGGGAUGGACUCAAACUGGUGGGUGCUGAAGUCUGAUUUUCGAUUACCAACUGAAGAGGAGAUCAGAGCUAUGGUGUCUCCAGAGCAGUGCUGUGCUUAUUAUAGCAUGAUAGCUGCAGAGCAGCGACUGAAGGAUGCUGGCUAUGGGGAAAAGUCCUUUUUUGCUCCAGAAGAAGAAAAUGAGGAAGAUUUCCAGAUGAAAAUUGAUGAUGAAGUUCGAACUGCUCCUUGGAACACCACAAGAGCUUUCAUUGCUGCCAUGAAGGGCAAGUGUCUACUGGAAGUGACUGGGGUGGCAGAUCCCACAGGGUGUGGUGAAGGAUUCUCCUAUGUAAAAAUUCCAAACAAACCAACACAGCAGAAGGAUGAUAAGGAACCUCAGCCAGUGAAGAAGACAGUGACCGGAACAGAUGCAGACCUUCGUCGCCUUUCUCUGAAAAAUGCCAAGCAACUUCUGCGUAAAUUUGGCGUGCCUGAGGAAGAGAUUAAAAAGUUGUCCCGCUGGGAAGUAAUUGACGUGGUACGUACAAUGUCAACAGAACAGGCCCGCUCUGGAGAGGGGCCCAUGAGUAAAUUUGCCCGUGGAUCAAGGUUUUCUGUUGCUGAACAUCAAGAGCGUUACAAAGAGGAAUGUCAACGCAUCUUUGACCUACAGAACAAGGUUUUGUCAUCAACUGAAGUCUUAUCAACUGACACAGACAGCAGCUCAGCUGAAGACAGUGACUUUGAAGAAAUGGGAAAGAAUAUUGAGAACAUGCUACAGAAUAAGAAAACCAGUUCUCAGCUGUCACGUGAACGAGAAGAGCAGGAGCGGAAGGAGCUACAGCGGAUGCUACUAGCAGCAGGCUCAGCAGCAUCAGGAAACAAUCACAGAGAUGAUGAUACAGCUUCUGUGACUAGCCUUAACUCCUCUGCCACCGGUCGCUGUCUCAAGAUUUAUCGCACAUUUCGAGAUGAAGAAGGGAAAGAGUAUGUUCGCUGUGAGACAGUCCGAAAACCAGCUGUCAUAGAUGCUUAUGUGCGUAUACGCACCACAAAAGAUGAGGAAUUCAUUCGAAAAUUUGCCCUUUUUGAUGAACAGCAUCGAGAAGAGAUGCGAAAAGAGCGGCGAAGGAUUCAAGAACAAUUAAGGAGACUUAAGCGGAACCAGGAAAAGGAGAAGCUUAAGGGUCCUCCUGAGAAGAAGCCAAAAAAAAUGAAGGAGCGUCCUGACCUAAAACUGAAAUGUGGAGCCUGCGGUGCCAUUGGGCACAUGAGGACAAACAAAUUCUGUCCCCUUUAUUACCAAACAAAUGCUCCACCCUCCAAUCCUGUUGCCAUGACAGAGGAACAGGAGGAGGAGUUGGAAAAGACAGUCAUUCAUAAUGAUAAUGAAGAACUUAUCAAGGUUGAAGGGACAAAGAUUGUUUUGGGGAAGCAGCUCAUUGAGAGUGCUGAUGAGGUUCGCAGAAAAUCCCUGGUUCUCAAGUUCCCUAAACAGCAACUUCCUCCCAAGAAGAAACGACGGGUUGGAACCACUGUUCACUGUGACUAUUUGAAUAGACCUCAUAAGUCCAUCCACCGGCGCCGGACAGACCCUAUGGUAACACUGUCUUCCAUCUUAGAGUCUAUCAUCAAUGAUAUGAGAGAUCUUCCAAAUACCUACCCUUUCCACACUCCAGUCAAUGCAAAGGUUGUAAAGGACUACUACAAAAUCAUCACUCGACCAAUGGAUUUACAGACACUUCGUGAAAAUGUGCGCAAGCGUCUCUACCCAUCUCGGGAAGAGUUCAGAGAACAUUUGGAGCUAAUUGUGAAAAACAGUGCAACAUACAAUGGGCCUAAGCACUCAUUGACCCAGAUCUCUCAAUCUAUGCUGGAUCUCUGUGAUGAGAAACUCAAAGAGAAAGAAGACAAAUUGGCUCGCUUAGAGAAAGCUAUCAACCCCUUGCUGGAUGAUGAUGACCAAGUGGCAUUUUCAUUCAUUCUGGACAACAUUGUCACCCAGAAAAUGAUGGCAGUUCCAGAUUCUUGGCCAUUUCAUCACCCAGUUAAUAAGAAGUUUGUUCCAGAUUAUUAUAAAGUGAUUAUCAAUCCAAUGGAUUUAGAGACUAUACGUAAGAAUAUCUCCAAGCACAAGUACCAGAGUCGAGAGAGCUUUCUAGAUGAUGUAAACCUUAUUCUGGCAAACAGUGUGAAGUACAACGGGCCUGAGAGUCAAUAUACUAAGACUGCUCAGGAGAUUGUGAACAUCUGUUACCAGACAUUGACUGAGUAUGAUGAGCAUUUGACUCAACUUGAGAAGGAUAUAUGUACAGCUAAAGAAGCAGCUCUGGAGGAGGCAGAAUUAGAAAGCCUAGACCCAAUGACUCCAGGUCCCUACACACCUCAGGCUAAGCCUCCUGAUUUGUAUGAUACCAAUACAUCUCUCAGUAUGUCUCGAGAUGCCUCUGUAUUUCAAGAUGAGAGCAAUAUGUCUGUCCUGGAUAUUCCCACUGCUACUUCAGAAAAGCAGGUAACACAGGAAGGUGAAGAUGGAGAUGGAGAUCUUGCAGAUGAAGAGGAAGGAACUGUACAGCAACCUCAAGCCAGUGUUCUAUAUGAGGAUUUGCUUAUGUCUGAAGGAGAAGAUGAUGAGGAAGAUGCUGGGAGUGAUGAAGAAGGAGAUAAUCCUUUCUCUGCUAUUCAGCUUAGUGAAAGUGGAAGUGACUCUGAUGUGGGAUCUGGUGGUAUAAGACCCAAACAGCCCCGUGUGCUACAGGAGAACACAAGGAUGGGCAUGGAAAAUGAAGAAAGCAUGAUGUCCUAUGAGGGAGACGGUGGGGAGGCUUCCCAUGGUUUGGAGGAUAGCAACAUCAGUUAUGGGAGCUAUGAGGAGCCUGAUCCCAAGUCAAACACCCAAGACACAAGCUUCAGCAGCAUCGGUGGGUAUGAGGUAUCAGAGGAGGAAGAAGAUGAGGAGGAAGAGCAGCGCUCUGGGCCAAGUGUAUUAAGCCAGGUCCACCUGUCAGAGGACGAGGAGGACAGUGAGGAUUUCCACUCCAUUGCUGGAGACAGUGACUUGGACUCUGAUGAAUGAGGCUUCCUUUGGGCCUCCUUGGUCAGCUUUCCCUGUUCUCCAGUCUAGGUGUUUCACUUUUCCCCAAUUUGUUUAUAUUUGUACAAUGUCUGAUCCUGAAAUCACCAAUUAAAACCUUACCCUUUAAUAAUAAGUAAAUUAUAAAUCAUCUUUCCUGAUCUUCUUGGGACAAUGUCACCCUUUGAUUAAAACCAAGCAACUCCUUCCCCCUACCACUACCCAAAAGAGAGAACAAGCUCACUCUUCUCCAGUGCUGUCCUUUAACUUCAUUUAUUGCUCUUGGUAUAUUUUUUUCCCUGGGGAAAGAAGAGAAAUUAUGAAAAGACUAAUUUAAACUUAUGUCCUCCUAGUAUAUUAGAAGUUUUCUAAGCAUGGUAUCAUUUCAGUUUUCUAAUUUGCAGGCUGGAAUAGGUGAGAACCCUAAUGGAACAGAGAAUUGGGUUCCAGUGUACUCUGUGCCACACUUAAACCUAUUGGACAAACUGCCCAUUAACUUUAUUAUUUAUUUUCUUAUACAAUGCCUUGGCCUAAAUGGAUUUGAGGCAAGUGAUUAUACGUCUUUGAAACAGCCUGUAUGUCAGAAAUGAUAUGUUGCCAUGUGCGUGUGUUCUCUUCUCUCCUCUGUGGGAAAUGGUAAGUUCCUUAGGACAAAGACUGUGUCUUCUGUUUCUUUUCAUGUUUAGGAUAUGGUUCUGUGCAAAGUAGAUAACUCAAUAAAUGUUUCUAGAAUCAUAAAAUCCUCAACAGAUAUGUUACUGAGCAUCUGCUUCAUGAUAUGCACUCUACCAGAUCCUUUGGAUGCAAAAGUAAAUAAGGCACAUAUCUUUUACCCAAAGAGAUCACUAUCAAGUUGGGGGAGGGGUGACUCAAAACGUUAAUAAAUCAUUAAGUACUGUGAGAUAAGUGCAAUUGAAAAGCUAGAUAUAAAGUAUAGGGGAAAACAGAGGACUCAUCACAUUUGAAAAAAGUAAGGGAUGUCUUCCUAGAGGUAAUUUUUAAAGCUGAUUAUUGAAGAAAUAGGAGCUUGCCAGAUAGAAAAGUCCAGGCAAACUAUCAUGUGACGUUAAAAAGCCAAGAAAUGGCAGAGUGUAUUCCUGGUUGGUUUAUUUGUUUGUUUGUAUCUGCCUUGUUUCAGAAAGUAUUUAGUUGGUUCCAAUCUUUUAAUACUGGAAUGGCUAGAGAUGAGGCUGAGAUUGGCAGGAAGAAUAUCAUCAGGAGCUUUGUAUUUGAUACUAAUGAAUAAAUUUUAUAUUAUGGAAAAUGAAAUCUAGAGGAAUGAUCAGAUUUAUGUUUUAGAAAAUUUCUGUAUUUAAUGAAAUAAAUUGAAGCAUGUAGCAAUGUAUGAUCUCAUUUUUGUGAAAGAAAAAGCAUGUGUAUCUUUAUGUGUUUAUAUAUAUACUUGUAUAUGCAAAAGAAAAGGUCUGAAAGGAUGUAUGCUAAAUUGUUCACAGUGACAACCUCUGAGGAAUUAGAAUGAAUGGGAGGGGGUUUGUGUGGUUGUAUGUAUACUGGAUGGUACUGUUUUUAUUUCUUUAAUGGCAUUUUUUUACAAGUAUGUAUUAUUUUUGUAAUAAACUUUUAAAUUCCA